AUGCUUCGUCAUCUUACUGUUCGCCCAGGAAGAUUCUCAGAUGGUGAUUUCGUUAAGACACAGAUUAUUAAACUAUCAUUACUUGCAGAAGGAUUCAAAACAAUGCCAAAGAUCAGAGGAAUUGAUGAAACUUGGAAGAAAAUCAUAAACGAUCCAAAAUCACCAGUAUUCAUUGCUGAAGAGAAUGGUAAGCCAGUUUGUGCAUGCACUACAUCAUUAAACUACCAAUUACACAGAGGUGGCGAGGUUUUAUACAUCCAAGAGCUCUCUGUUGAUGAAUCAGCCAGAAAAUCUGGCGCAGGAAAGGCAAUCCUUGAGGCUCUCGAAAAAUACUGCAAAGAAAAAGGUAUUGUUGCAAUUGAUCUCACUCAACCACCUCCAAAGAGCGGCUACGAUGAAAUUAGAAACAAAUUCUACCAGAAGAAUGGAUACGAACUUACCGGAAUGGGAAGAACAAAAGAAUUCCAGCAUAAUUUCGUUUUUGAAUAA